GUCAAAUAAGUUAUAGAAAAAUAUAUUUUGAAUUGUGUUGUUAAAUUUUUAUCCUUUUUGAAUUGAAUACACAACAUUAUUUUAUUUAGCUUACGUAGAAUGAAUUAUCAUUAUCUAGAGCGGAAUUGUGUUUUCUGAAAAACGGUAUUAUUUCAGUUUGGAUUCCGACUUUAAUUAAGUGAAUUUUUAAUAUAUUUUUCAAUAAUGAACAAAAAUUCAAAUGCCAAUGAAUCAUAUUUGUCCCAAAAGAUCGAAACUAAAUACUUGAGGUUUAUUACACCCUUAGACAAUCAAAUAACAAGAAAUUUAAGGGCCGCAGCAGUGGAAACUAGGCCUGUGGAAACCAAUGGGCUUUGGUGUUGUUUUCUCUUACCAACAGUGUUGACUUUUUACAUUCUGUUGUACAAUGUAUCACCAUUGUAUAAGCUGGUCACUUACAUGUCUUAUGGUCUGUUAUUCUACUCAAUUCUGUUCAUAAUCUUCAUCUCUGUGUCACCAGUAGUAAUUAAAGAGUCAACUUAUGGAGGAUGUAUAGCAUCAAGUCUUGUGUCAGCAUUGUUCCUCUACUCCUUCUUAGGACAAGAUUUGAUGUUUUCCUUAAUGGUUGUCUCAGUGCCUGUAGUAAGCUGGUAUAGUUACAUGUUAAGGCAGGCUCUGGUCAGGUACCCACAUACAUUCACAAUAGGAGAGGCCAUGAUAGUAAUACAAGGAAUUGUAUUGUUUGGUGUGAUGGCCCUAGCAAAGUUAUUUAGUAAUUUGGAUGAUACACACCAGGAAACAGAUUUCAUCAAUGUUAUUAUCUAUACAGCAUUGUCGACAGUGGGCAUCAUUGUUACAACAAUAUCUUUGUGGACUGAUGAAAAAAAGAAUAUUUUAAAUCUUGUGAAAAUAAUCGGUGCAGGAGCUGUAUUUGCAUUAUUUGUAUUACAUUGCGUUCUUGGUAUUGGUUGUAUACCAAAUAUUUUUACUUAUAUCUUCAUGCAGAAAAACAGGGCUUCAAUAUUCUGUUUCUGGCUGUGUUUAGUAAUCAUAGCAGUGCUAGUGGUACUAUCCAGGACACAGUUGGCUGUGAAGGCGAAUACAGUGACACGCAAAUCUUUCCAUAUACUGGCAUCCUUAGUGUUCAUGUCUGGAAUACUGAUUGAUGUUGAUUUGAUAACACUCGCUGCUGGAAUUGGCCUUGGGUUACUGGUUUUAGUUGAGGCAUUGAGAAAAUCACGUAUUGAGCCGAUAUCAUCCGCUCUGCAAUCAGCUUUCUUGGUGUAUAGUGAUGAAAAGGACUGUGGUAGUUUCGCUAUGACCCCUAUGUAUUUGUACGUGGGGCUGGCGUGUCCACUGGUGCUGGUCCCGAGACACGCAGGUGCCGACCUCGAGCUGUUAAGCGGUGUGCUCGCUAUCGGCAUCGGCGACACCGCCGCUAGCUGGUUCGGGUCGCACUACGGCUUCAACAAGUGGACAGGAAGCAAUAGAACACUGGAAGGCACAGUUUUCAAUAUCCUAUCACAGGUGGCUACAGUCUACGCCUUACAACUUUUUGAAUUAUUGCAAACAAAUAACGCUUUAAUACGCGCGGCGGUGGCAGCAACUGUGACGGGUCUAGUUGAAGCGAAAACUGAUCAAGUUGACAAUUUGAUCCUACCGUUGGUUUCACUCAUAGCUUUCCAAGCGACUUGGUUUCUAUGUUGAUAAUAUCUGUUUAAAUUUAUAAACGCGAAGGUUUGUGAGUAUGGAUGUUUGUUACUCUUUGACGCAAAGACUAUUGAACGGAUUUUGAUAAAACUUAGUAAUAUAGCUUAUACAUCAGAAUAAUACAUAUCAUAUAGCUAUAAAUUUCAUGCGGGUGACACCGUGGGCGUAACUGUUAAUGUAUACAACAUUAUUACACCAUUGCAAUUAUGCAUUUAAAAUACAUUCCUUUAAACCUAGUGAAAUUUAGAUAUAUAUUACGUUCGUUUUUUAAUUUGAAUGUCUUAGUAAAUAUAAGACAGAGUGGAAGUGAAAAAAAAAGGUGAAUAAAUAUGAAAAUUUAGAUAAAACUCUACUUUUGUAGUCUAUUUAAGAUGUGAUAUUUAAUACAUAGGUUUUUGCCUAUAUAUAAAUCUUAUAAACAGCAUAUUUCAUGAUAUUCUUCAAUGAGGUGAUGAGGUUGACUGAUCAGUCCUGACGUUUAUAAUAACGUCGAGUUAUCGUGAGCGCAUAAUAUUAUCAUGCUAAAUAUUCUGUUUAUAUAAUGCAAAUGAAAUUAAUGAAAAUACCAAAGAAUUGGAAUUGUAGUUGUAUUUUUUGAGA